AUGGCGGACGCCAGGGAGCAUGAUCUCCCACAAUUCCUGAGGGAGUUGCGCUAUUUCCUGAACUACCGCCUCCAAGAGCUAGAGGAUGGCGUGGGCCAGCAGCUAUCAAGUGGGGAAAAGGCCUUGUUACUCGCAGCUACCCGCCGAGCCCAAGCAGUAACGAAUGCUGUGCCGACUUCCGCUACGAAGGUGCCUCCCGCAGCACGAGCUACCGAGCCGCAAGUCUCCUACGAAGACGAACAACUGCUCAGCGACGAGCAGUUGCGCAUGCUAUUCCUGCAUUUCAGGGAUGAUGCGUUGGAGGCUGAGGCCGCUCAGAGCCAGGCCGAAGAGCUAGAAGAUAAGGACAAGCUGGCCGAAGCUAUGGUCGAGAUGCCGGCUGCCAAGGAGGAGCACGAUCGACUGAAGACUGCUAGGUGCGAGGCGCAGGCCGAGGCUACUGCCAGACAGCAUGCUACCCGCCAGGACUUGGAGGAGCAAGACAGGGCUAGCAAGAAACCAAAGCUCGUGCUAAAGGAGGCGGUGGAAGCAUCGCGCCGGCUACACAUGAACGAUGGGGUGGUCGAGGGUGCGAACAGCCAUGCUAGCACUGACCGGCCAGUGAACCAACCUGGGAUGGCCCCGCUCUCUGCUAGACACGGUAGAAGGUCGCCAAGGCGGACAUGGAACGAGUUGCUAAACAAUGACCGCAGUGUCAAGCCGUUGCGUCCAGAGUGUUGGGACAUAAGCUAUGCGGAUGCAAGGCGCCUCAAUAGUGCCGCUAGAGGUUCAGCUAAAGCGCUAAAAGGCAAAGGUGUGCCGGUAGAGCUGUGCGAGCCACCGCCGGCCGAAGCCGUCGCUACGGCCAUGCCGAAAGGCACAUCUAGCCAUUUGCUAGAUCUCACAUGGCACCGGGUCCCACCACGGAUGUGGCCGUUAGGGAGCCAUCCGCAGGGCCAGGAGCCGCUCGCUAAAGGCUUCGGCAAGAACGCUCAGCACGAGAUCAGGUUGGCUAACAUCAUACGAGAAAGCGACCUCUGUGGGCUAACUGAUGCAGACCGCCGCUUGGUCUGCAUGCUGAACCCACCUCCGCUACGAGACCCACGAGCCGAGGAACUGCUCCACAUGGUGGGUCACAACCGCUACGUUGAGUGCCAGUUCAACACUCUCGGCUACGGAAGGAUGUGGUGGUUGCUAGAUACCCACAGGACGCACAACUGCGACCAGUGCAAGAGGGCCAAGCGACUGGAUGGUAUGAUUUGUCGAGAAAUCCAGAGUUGGGUGGACCCGACGAAGCUUCCGAAGUUGGACACGAAGAUGCACAGCUUGGAGAAGGAUGGCGAAACUGUUCGCAUGCCUUCGCAGACCAACGUUUGCCCGCUGCAGCUGUGGGAAGUUUAUCUCGCCGUGGCCAUUCUUUGCGUGCAACCCCCUUCUGAUCUGCUUCACUCCCACAUACGAGCGAUCUGUGAGCAUGACGAGGACACGCAGCUGGUUGAAACCGUAUUACGCGAGCACACGACCUGCUCCAACGUCGUCGACACGUCGCAGGAAACCUCCUUCGCGGGCUUCUUCGAGGAGUACAUGCGACGAAAAUUUCAGCUACAGUUUAACCACGAUGUGCUGCUCAACUACAUCACAGAGACUAUGGACGACCAGUGGUCUGGUUAUGGCGAGAUUCCACGGACCUUCCUUCUUGGGCCUUACGUCCAGGCGUUCCUGGUGCAAGACCGCUUCUUCGAGGGCCAGUACGACGAGAUGAUCGAUGCUAUGCGUAUGUACAACUUGCCGGUCAACGAUGUCCUGGUGGAUGGUGACGAAGACAUCAUGGCAGAUGCGAAAGACGUCAGCUUCGACCAUGCCAGGAUGUACGACGACCCGACGAUGAUCCUCAAGAAGCACGGUGGCUGGGCCCUGGGCAAGACAGCACCGCUACUGACCAAGAAGGACCAGCUGGUGAUGCGGCUCACAGGAUGCACGCUCGAUCAGCUGCUAGCUGGACGCGAUGUACCUGACUCCCCACGCUCGAAGGCCAAUGGAGCACUGGAGGAGCAACAAAGCUUCGCGAUGGAAGAGCAGAAGCCACCGGAGGAAGAUGGCCAGGAGGACUCGGGAUCGGAGGCCAAGGAGGACAGCGAGGAGAGUGGCUCCCAUGCAUCUGACUACAAGAUUGAUCCGGAGCAUCCCAAGAUCGUUCCCUUCGGCCUGUCGCUGUCUGAGGCUUAUCUCCUGCUCCGGGGCUUGCUGAUCAGCGCGAACUCGCGCAGACAGGACUGGGAGCAUUCCGUGGUUGGCCAGCGAGUCUGCAAGUACUACGGUGAUGGUCAUAUUCUUUGCAGCGCAGUCCUUUGCGACCUCUACAUGCGCGACCAGAUUGAUGUGCACCACUGGACGCUUCAAGAAGGAAGCGUUGCUGUACCCUACGAUGUCCAGACCCGCAAAGGUCUUUCUGCAAUGGAUCACUUCCUAGAUCACUAUGUGCCCUAUACCGAUUCCAUGUUUCGGGACAUGCGAAUGCCGGCCCAUCUCGGCGAAGCCCCGAUCUGGGACAGCUUGGAGAAGAAAGGCUUCAUUGACAACCACCGGCCUUCGGCAGAGCGGAAAUGGGGGAUCAGCCGGCGCCCCGUGGACGUGUGGGAUCUCGUCCGACGCGACGUGCUCCUGGAUCUCCGUGAAGGUUACAUCACGGCGGCACGUCUGCUCUACGACAAGGGCUUCGAAGAUCCGACAGAGGAGAAACUGGAGAAGCUCUUCAAGAACGGUGACGAUGCUACAGCGUUGGCCUAUGCCAAGAGCCGACUCCGCCGACUCGUUCCAUUGAAGGUCCACCUGCCCGAUGCAGCUCUGAGCAUGCUGCAAGAGAUCCUGGCACAUGUGUUGCAGACCACGUGGCACUUGCAGGCCUGUUGCCUCGUGCUGGAAUGCUCGCCGGACAUUGCCUUAAGCCCUCAGGCCAUGCAGAGCAUCACACAGCUUGCGGAGAAGGCCAAUUUCGAGUUGCACUGUGUUGCCCUAGAACUUGCUGACCAAUGGGCAUCCCACCGUUGCAGUUGGUGGGCUGUCUUGCUUCCGGCUGGCCUGCCGCCCUUGCAGCUUUGUUCCUGGCCAGUGUUGCGCCCUGCACUCACUGUUCAGGAUGUCAUUCCUGAAUGGCCUGUCUGGCCCAAAGCCACUGAAACUGCGCUUCAGUGGGACUCCAAAGAGAUCGAAAUCAUUGGCGAGCCGAAGCCUGAUCUUGAGCCACUGCUUCUAGCGGCUACGGACCCUGCGCCCACCGCUCUUCACAGUUGGGGCUCUGCUUUUCGGCCCUGCCCUUGUGGUUGCCGCCCCUCUGCAUUGAGCCAACACAGCCUUUGCAAAUCACAUUUCAGAGGGCCUGGUGUUCCGUCUGGUGUUGUUGAGGGCAUUCGCUAUCUGCACCCGGCUGAGGCGCUAUGGGUAUGGGCACAUGUGCUUUCUUCCACGGCUCCCUGUUUCGGUGCUGGCCCACUCGAUCCUCUUGCUGAGUUGGGUAAGUUCAAGACACUCUUGUUGCAACAGAGACAAGAUAACUGGCUUCUUCCUACCAUGUGCAACGAAGGCCAGCUGCUUUUGCAGGAUGAACAAGGUCAGCGACUUGAGCGCGCAGUUGGGCCGAUAACCGCUGGCCAACUCAUUUGUGCUGAGACAGCUCUUUUGCCCCCGGGCUUCAAAGUGCAGGUUCUGGACAACGGCCGUGUUCUUCAGCGCUCGGCCAAGCUUGCUUUUCAACCAGCCGGCCCCUCCUACUACCUGCUUGUACAAAAGAAGGCGGCCGCUUUGGAUCAACAAUCUCUCCCGUGCAUGCCAAGCUGCAAUGCCACUCCCCGUGGAGGCUGCUCUGCCUCGGUGGCCCUUUCCCCUCCUGCUUCCUGCGACCCGCCGGAAACACAAACACCCCUGUCGACUCCACUCGAUGCCUUGUGUUCUGUCGGAGCAUCAGACUUCACCAUUUGGUACGGCAUCCUCCAGUGGAUUCGCUGUCCUGCUGUCAGCAUUGAAUCCUGCUUGAUUCCGCCCUGUGCUGCUGAGCUCCUGCUGCAGCUGUUGAGUGAGGACCUUCUCACUUCUGUUGCCGGCCCCAUCUUGCCGCAGGGCCCUCUUAUUCUGGUCCCUUUCGUUUCCCAGGGCCACUGGUCUCUGCUUGCACUUCGUGCUGGGCCUGCAGGUGUUGAGGCUGAAUUGUGGGACGGAAUUCCAGGCCGCAACCUGCACACUGCCAAGCUGAUUGCGCAGGUACUCUGUCGACUGGAUGGGGCAGCCUUGCUGUCUUUGACUGAGAGAUCGCACUGGCUACAGCUUGAUCCUGCUGCCUGUGGUGCCCAUGUGGUGGCACAUGCUGCUGCCCUUCUCAUUCAAGCGGCUCCGCAUGAGCUGCUCGGCUGGGCCUUGGAUUUUCAGCGUGCCUUCCCGCCACAUCUUGCUUUUCUUCAAGGUCUUGGCGGUCUGACUCCUGAGCAGGAGAAAGACUUGCGACUCUUGCUUGUUGAGAGAGGUGUGCCUGCCGAUGCCGUCGCCUCGCGCACACAGGCUGCUAUAGCUAAGGUCGGUCCCGGCCCUAUUGCACAAGCACUCUUGCAGAAAAACCCUUGGCAGGCGCUGAAGGCUUGUGCUUCCAAGCCUUCUUGCAUGUUCCGUUGGAUUCUGGCAGAAGAGCUUCAAAGUCAUGUGGAACAGCAAGCCCAAAAGAAGUUCGGAACUCAGGUCCCAGGAGCUAAGUCCAAAAAGGCUAAGCCUGCCCGGCGACAAAUGCAGGCUCCGUUGCACGUCGACCCUUUGCAGCUUCGUCUUGCCCCAGGCUCCUUCACCACGGCCUCUGACUCGCCACUGGGCCAGCUUGCCUUCAAUGAGGUUUGUGCUCAAGCCACGGGCAUCUGCUUCUGCACCACUGCCCAAGCUGCCCCAUUUGUGGCCCAGGCAAAGAAUCUCAGUGUUGAUCCACUUGCUCUCGUGACCACAGCCGAGAUUUCCGCUGAUCAGGUUGGUACUGCCAGGGUCAAGAGCAUUCGCUAUCCUGCGAUUUUCGCUCCUACUGAGGAGGCUGUUCUGGUUGCCGGUUCCUUGAUCCAGCUUGGUGAUGAUGAUGUGCAGCUUGCCACUGCUGGCAUUGCUGAACUUGACCGCAUUGACACUAUAGUUUGCCGGCUCAACCUGUUCAAGGACGAGAGCACUCUGGCUUGGGAUAAGGUUGCCGAGGCUCCCAUCCGAGUGCUUCUGCAACAGAUCCCCGCGCUCCGGGUCUGUGUAGACCCCUCGUGCAGCCAGGCCUGUGGAUGCUUCCACUCAGCUGUUGACGAGGUCGUGGAACACCUUUUCCUUGACAUCUGGGCCCGCCAGUGGUGCCGAUUAGGUGGGGCAAGGGUUAAGGCGACCGAAGCUGAUGUUUUCCAAGCUUAUGUGCGUGUGCCGGCCUCAGCGGUGACUCACCUGCUAAAGCUUGUUCACACAGGCCUGUAUUUCGAGCCUCGGGCUUGCGACGGCACUGGCCCCCACCCUGCAUGGUCUGUCGUGUGGUUGCCGGGAGCCUCUCUUGCCACUGCACAACAUGCUCUUCGCACGACCGAAAAGGCCCUUGCACUUGCCAGGUUGGGAACCAAGUACGGUUUGAGAACUCGGGAAGCCGAUGAGCAGCAGGUUUUCGAGCUGCACAGGCCCCAACACCAAUUCUUGAAGGUGCGGGUCUCGGCCCACUACCGUUUGCACCCGCUCCCUCACGGACUGCAACGGCCGGCUCUGGUCCAGCUCCUGAAACAGUGGGGCUGGAACGGCAAACCUCUCCAGCCGGAUCGAGGUGACUCCAUUGGUGCUGCAUGGCUCGUCGGGGCCUCAUGUGAGCCCCCUGCUCCUGCCCUGCCGCUUGGCACUGACUUCGUUUUGAUCUCCAAGCUUCGUGACAUUGGUGCCUCUGGGAAAUCUGCCCCUCUGCCGGUCUACGCCUCUUUGCGUACCAAGAAAGCUUUGCUGCUUGAUGACGACGAGCCCAGUGUUGACCCAUGGUCGUGUGGCCCGGACCCAUGGACUUUGGCCAAACCUCCGACCAACUCUACUGCUGCCCCUUCGGCCUCUACUUCGACUGCCAGCACUAAGCUCGAGCAAAUCAAGGCGGACUUGCGCCAAGACCUCCAGCAGCUCGUCAGCGACCAGCUUGAUGCCAAGCAAGCCAAUGAUCCCCCGCCGGGGUUGAGUGAUCAUGACCACCGCCUCCAUCAACUCGAGGUUGGGCUGAGCGAGGUUCGUCACCAAAAUGUGAAGUUUGAAAGUUGGUUUCAAUCCUUCGGGACGAAGGUGAGCGACCAAGCACAACAAAUCCAGACCCUUGCCGGCACAGUCAAGGAGCAACACCAGGAGCUCACCAAGGUGCGUACUGAUGUGCAGAGCUCCAUCAAGUCUGCCGUCGUUGCAUUGCAAACCGACCUGUCGGCGCAGAUGAGUGCUCAGCUUACUGGGCUCCUUUGGUCACCAGCUGCUUUUCGAUACGGCGAGGCCGCGCAUCCUGGGCCCUCUCCGUCCUUCUUCUUGAGCACUAGCAAUCCCUCUGGACUCCGCAACAAAGAGUCCUUUUUCGCCGACUGGGGUGUCGGCAUUCACUGCUUUGCUGAGACACAGCUCUCAGCUGCCACGUUGCCCGCCUCUAAGGCUCACUUCCGUCGCCAUGCAAAAGACAUGGGCAGACUUGCUCGCUUUGUUCCGGGUGCUCCUGCACCCCUCCGCACCAACAGUCUCUGGGCUGGGGCCUGGACCGGCGUGCUACAAGUCAGCGACUUCCCGUGCCGACCACAUCAAAUCUCGUACCCCUCAGGCCUCUUCGAGUCCGGUCGCAUUGUGCUUGCCCGGCAUUACUUGGAAGCUGUGAUGUUUCAGGUGGCCACUCUUUAUGGUUACCCCUCCGGGCCGACCUGGCCUGAUGCCAGACACCGCACCGAUGAUAUGCUCCAGUGCCUCACUCAGGAGCUGGUUCUGGGAUCUCGGGGCCCUCGUGUCAUUACGGGUGAUUUCAACCAUGACUUUGGAUGCCUGGACCAAUGUGCCAUUUGGCGCAGUCACGGCUGGAUUGAGCUUCAGUGCUUGGCCGAGUCCCAUUGGGGGAUGACUCCCAGGCCGACGUGCAAACAUGCAACCCGUCGGGACUACAUUUGGUUGUCUCCUGAAGCUGCUGCUUGCUGUGUGCAUGCUUCUGUUCUUGAUGUCUUCCAGGAGCAUUCUACUCUAAUUGCUGGGUUUUCUCUUUCGGGCCAUGCCGUUUCUGAGAUUACCUGGCCUUUGCCUUCCGAGAUCCCGUGGUCUGAGGUCAGUGUUGAGGAAUGGCAUCUCGCUGGGGUUCACGAGCCCACCCCCGCAUCUGACCCCACCGUGUGGUACAGCAAGUUCUCUCAUGCCACAGAGCGCAGCCUGAAGGGCUUCGUGCCUGGACUUCCAAACAAUCACAUUCCCUCCUGUUGCUUCGGCCGUGGACGCCGCCUCACGCCUCAGGUGCAGCAACACAGUGAUCCUAUUCCUAAGCCUAGCCGUCCUGGCGAGGUUAUGAUGCGGCACGAUGGGUUGUGCACUGAAGUCAAGCGAUGGUUUCAACAGCUCCGUCGGCUCCAAUCCUUGACGCAUGCGCUCAAGGCCGCCAAGUCUGAGCCUGCCGCGGUGGACUACCGACUUGCACUUUGGCGGUCCAUUUGCCGGGCCAGGGGUUUCUGUGGGGGCUUCUCUGCGUGGUGGGCCAAGCGACCCACUCGUCUGGUUGGAAGCCCGACAAUGUUGCCCCAAACUGUUCCCGAUUCAGGUACUGCCACCUGCCUGUUUGAGGACUUCCGGUGCAAUUACCGCAGACUUGAGGCUUGGCAUCUCCAGCGACGUGGGCAGAUUUUGUCUUGCAAGUACGACAAAUCAUUGUCUCAGCUCUAUUGCGAGCUCCGCGAACCCGCUCCGGAGCAAGUGGACACUCUUACAGUGUCCCGGGAUUAUGCCAUUUUGGCUGUUUCCGACAAACAGGUGCACCUGAGCAGUUCUCUAGACCUGCGAGGCUCCUCCACUUGGGCGGUCGAUGGACAACCGGUGGAGAUAUGUGAAGUUGAUGAUGUGGUGUGCACUCUGUCGGUUCCUGCAUGCCCCGGACAAGAGCUUGAGCAAACUCAGACACUCUCCUCUGUGCCGGAUAUUCACUCUGAAUUCGUUUCCCUGUGGGCCAGCCGUUGGCAACAACAUGCCACGCUAACUGCCCCCGACUGGCAGCGCUUUCUAGCUUUUGCUGCCGCUUUCUUGCCUCGACAGGUUUUCAGCCUGCCCCGCAUUUCGGUUGAAGACUGGCUCCGAGCAGUCAAACGUUUUCGCCCCAGAGCAGCCCGUGGCCCUGACGGCUGGGCUAAGGCCGACCUUCUGAACAUGCCUCCCCCCCGGACUCAGCAGCUGCUGGAUUUCCUUGCACAGCUUGAGGCCGGUGAGUGCUCUUGGCCACAGCAGCUUGUUGUGGGAUUCAUUUGCCUUCUGUCCAAACAAAACGGCCGAGCCGAUGCCCACGGCUAUCGCCCGAUUUGUCUGUACUCAAUCAUUUAUCGUGCUUGGGCCGGCCUCCGAGCUCGACAAGUGUUGCAGGCACUGAAGCAUUGUGUGCCAGAUGGGUUGCAUGGCUUCGUUCCUGGUCGAGAGGCCACAUCUCUGUGGUACGGCAUCCAGGCGGAAAUAGAGCUUUGUGCCCAGGGCGAUGCCCCACUUCUUGGCCUGAGCACGGACAUCAUCAAGUGCUUCAAUAACCUCCCACGCCUCCCUUUGUUGGCGGUCGCUGCUCAGCUGGGCACACCGUGGCAGGUUCUUCAUCCUUGGACGGCCUUUCUCACACAAACUGAAAGGCGAUUCCUUGUCCGUGGACAGGUCAGUGAGCCGUUAAAGUCUACUUCGGGCUUUCCGGAGGGGUGCCCGCUGAGCCCCCUCGCCAUGCUACUGGCAGAUGUCGCAUACCAUGCCUACAUGCAAGCCUUCGUGCCGGAGGUUCGUUCUUUGAGCUACGUCGACAAUCUGGCCACCUUGGCAUCCACUCCGGCUCAGCUUGCCCGAAGUUACCAGGUCACUCAGAGCUUCAUGGAUUUGCUCAAACUGAGCUUGGAUGUAGCUAAGACUUACACUUGGGCGACUGCCCCUGCGGAUCGUAGGGUCCUUCCGGCUCUGGGGUUACCGGUAUCCGACUCCGCCCGUGAACUUGGUGGGUUCCUGGCCUUUGGACCACGGGUCCAUAAUGCAGAGCUCCAGCUCCGGUGCACUGCCUUGCAACCCGUGUGGGCUGCCCUGCGGAGGUCUCGUGCGCCUCUUGGGCUCAAACUUUCUGUGUUGCCAAAAAAGUGCUGGGCGCGCGCACUACAUGGCAUCGCAGGUUGCCCUCUUGGCCAGGCACAUUUGCAAUCCUUGCGCACCAGCGCCACCUCUGCCCUACAGAUUCGGCCUGGUGGAUCCAGCUCACUCCUUCGUUUGUCUAUAGUGCCUGACAUGUGUGCCGACCCGGGGUUCUAUCAGCUAUGGGCCUGCAUCCGAGACUUGAGACGAAUGGCUUGCAAAGUCAGUGGUCUCCUCGGCUCAUGGCGUAGCUUUAUGGCUGCUUACGAUGGUCGGUCCCUCCACGGACCUUUCACCAAACUUCUGCAAGUACUGUCUCAGGUCGGCUGGGCCGUUCUGGUCCCCCCCUUGGUGAUGGACCAUGAGGGUUUGCAACAUGAUGUGCUAAAGGCCCCUGCUCUUUUGUUGCGACGGCGACUGGAGCACGCCUGGCUGAGGUUUGUCGCCUUUGCUCACAAGCAUCGGGCCACCAUGCACGACCUGGACGGCAUCGACCCGUCGCUCUUGCAAGCUGAUGUCGGUGGGCUCUCCGCCCUUGAUACGGCUCGGUAUGCCGCGGUUCGGUCCGGUGCCUUUCUCUUUGAUCACGUCCAGUCGCGGUUUGACUUCACCAAAACCGGUGAUUGUGACCUUUGUGACGUGCCGGAUACUGCCCAACACCGUGUUUGCGUCUGCCCAAAGUUUGUGAAUGCAAGAAGGCCGCAUGAAUGGGUGUGUGCCAGAUGGUCUUCGCUACCAUCGUGUGUCACACACCACCUGCUACCUCCUGACAACCCGCACCUGCCGCUUUUGCGCAAACUCCUGCAUGGUCUGCCGGAUCUUUCGGGUUCUUUUAUGUGUUCAGGGACUAGUUUGGGCUGGCAACACCUUUUCACGGAUGGCUCAUGCUACGAUGCUUGGGGCAACGACUUCUCCCUUGCUGCAUGGGGCAUCAUACAUGCUCAGCUGGGAGUUGCCUUGGCUUGUGGCCCAGUGCCUGGUGUUCUUCAAACGGCUCCCCGGGCUGAAGCUUGGGCAAUGAUCGCUGCCGCCAAAUGGGCUAUCUCAGUGGCUAAACCUUGUUUGAUUUGGUCGGACUGUCUCAACGUUGUUGAUGGAGUACAGGCCAUUCAAAAUGGACAAUGUUUCGAGGCCCAUGCCGACGCCGACCUUUGGGACAUCCUGGCAGCUCUUUUGGCUCAGCUGGACCCUGCACAAUUUCAGGUUCGCCAUACCCCCUCUCACUUGGAUAAGGGUCUUACCACUUCUCCUUUUGAGGAUUGGCUGGCGUGCCACAACGGCCAUGCAGAUACUCUGGCGAAUUUUGCCAAUUCUAACAGGCCGCAGUACUUCGUGCAAGUCUACCAGGCCGCGCUCCGCUACCACUCUGACAUGCUGCAGACGCUUCGAGCCCUUCGCGGAAUCUACUUUGCUAUCGCUGAUGCUACGGCCAGCCGAGGUGGCCGUACACGAGAAGGCGUUGAGUCUGCAGAUCUUGAGGAGCGAGCCCGACCUCUGGCCGUCCCCAGACGUGCUGAACUGGAGUCUCUGCUUCCGGUCGGAUGGGCACAGCUUGUUGCUGCAGCGGGCUGUGAUCUGCCGAGUGAUUUUAUUCAGACUCUCUGCCGCUUUGUCUUUGUACAGGAUAGCAUUGCGGAGACUGCUUUUACAGUAACUUGGCUGGAACUUGUUUUCAUGUUGGCCACGGUUGACGACUUUGUUUAUCCUGUUUCGGGCCCUCAGGGCGGUUGGCUUUCUCCAGCUUCAGUUGCUUUUCUUCCUCCCCCGCCGACUGUUGCGGGGAGGCUCACUUUCGUGAGACGUGCCUUGCGACAUGCCUUCAAGUGUCUUCGGCUUCAAUGCUUGUUUAUUUCGGGUGUUGAUCGUACUGAGUUGGGGGUCACCUUUCCUCUUGAUGGCAUUGUCAUCGGAGCUGAUGAACACCUUCUGCUCCGUGCCAGGGCUUCUCUAGGCCACUUUGCACAGGG